AUGACGGGCCUUGCUAGAUUCUUCCUUAUUGGGGGACCGCUCGUAUUAGUUCUAUUGACAGCAGUUGCCGGUUAUGCCUACUCGCAAAUACGAUAUCUUGGCCUUCCUAUUCCUGAUGCACUUGCCCUUUUCACUGUCGUCCUACCCAUCAUCACUGGCAUUUCCAUGCAAGGUAUAUACGGUUUGAUUCAGCGAGCAUCGAAAACGGAGCCGUUCCAGCUUACCCUUCCUUUGGUUGCGGUUCUUGGCUUCCAAUUGUUCUACGAAACUGUGGUUGGGACCCUUGCUCUGACCUAUAUCGUCCCUCCAACAUCUUUACUAUGCGGCUUGGAUGAUAUGUGGGCGAGGCUUUACGUCGCUAAUAAUGGUCGUGCUGUCAAGAGGAUCCAGGACACAUUUGACUGUUGUGGUUUGAGGACUAUCAAAGAUCGUGCAUAUCCAUUUGGGCACCAAGCUGCUUCUCAGUGUGCAAACCUUUUCGAACGGACAGGUAGCUGCCUUGGGCCGCUAAGAAAGAGUGAGCAGACACAAGCUGGCUUACUUCUUAUGGUUGCCAUUCUAGUAUUUGUGGUAAAGGUUAUGUCCGUGGUCUUCCUCCUCACCAACCCUACAAUGAGUCACGCUAGGACAAGCCGAGCUUUCAAACGAAUUACAAACCGUUCUGAUGACGAUGAGGAAGAUAGUAGAGCAACUAUGAGGCGACUUAUCGAGGAAAGUGCUAGCACAGAGCCCUACAGAGAUAAUCCAGAGGAGUCUGCGGAUGUCAACCGGACUGAAAGUGUAGCGCCAAGGGUGCAGCCAUCAGCACUGCUUGAAGGACACAACGAGUGGCGAGAUGAGGAAGGACAAGAACGAAAUUCAUAA